AACCCCCUGGGGCGGACGGUCGGUGUGUGCCCGUCACUGAAGGUGACGAAUGUGAGGGGGAAAGGAGCGGGACCGGGGCAGGCUCUGGGUGUGUGAGCGAUCCCGGUUCCCGUGCGGGAUUCCGGUGCGGGAUCCCGGCUUCGGUGAGAGAUCACGGUUCCGGCGAGAGAUCCCGGCUCCGGUGCGGCCGCAGACCCGUGGGCGGGACCCGGCGCGGCCCCGCCCGGCGCAGCGUGGCCAUGGCGGCGGCGGCGGCCCGCGGGGCCCUGGCGGGGAUCCUGCGGCGCUGGGUCCCCCGCGCGCUCCCGCUCGGCGGCCCCUGCGCCCGGUGCAUCGGGCACGGACCGGCCCCGGCCCCGGCCCCGGCCCCGGCCCCUGCUCCGCUCUGCACCCCGCGGCUGCUCGGCGAGAACCGGCCCCGGGCAGGGACCCCCUCGGUGCUCAGCAGUGUCACACCUCUACUUCCAAGUUUAUUCCAGCAGCCAGCGAGGAGCCUCACCUACUGCAGCCUACGGAAAGGAAAGAGGAAAAGUGUGAAAGCUGUGGUCAAAAGGUUCCUCCGGCUGCACAAUGGCCUCUGGGUUAGGAGAAAGUCUGGUUAUAAGAAGAAGCUGUGGAAGAAGUCAGCUGCCCAGAAGAAGCGUUUGAGGGAGUUGGUGUUGUGCACCAGGACACAGUGUAAGCUCCUGGAUAAAAUGACCACUUCCUUCUGGAAAAGAAGGACCUGGUACGUUGAUGACCCCUACCAGAAGUACCACGACCGCACGAACCUUCGUGUGUAGAAAUCUUGGCUUUGCCCAUCUCUGGGAAAGGGGCAGUGACCAUGUGGCAUGGUCUGAGUUUUGGAAUGUCUGUAAUGCCUUUUUUAAAUAAACAUGUGCAUAUCAUCUGAACAGAAUUAGGGGAAUCAAUGCCCACAAUAAAGGAAUACUCGAAUUUA